GCUUACUACCAUAUUGGCUCGUAAGUCGCUUUUGACCACCCAUAUGGAUUAAAUACUGGUACAUAUUUUCCAUCGUUCCGAAGUUUUUCUAAAUGGAACUGUCAGAUGCAAUCGGAAUUCCACGGGUGAACAAUGUGUUUAUGCGAAAAGGACCAAGGCCAGCACAAGUAGGGUCACUAGUGUUGAUAGGGCAUCAUCUAAUAUUUUCGCCAAAUGUACAAACUCCCCAGGAUGGAAGCAGUGAAGAAUUCUGGCUUCUUCAUCGAGCCGUUGAUCGGGUGCUAUGCGAACCCAUCAGCAAAGAUCAGCCGCCAAAAGGUGGAUUAUUAGCAUUGAAGUGCAAGAACUUUAUGAUAAUCGUGUUUGAGAUUCCCAAUUGGGAAGAAUGCAAUGCUGCUGCACGUUCUAUCGAGACUUUAUCGAAUAUAAAUGGCUGCUCUCAUGAUUAUCCAUUCUAUUACCGAUGCCCGUUCCAAGUUUUGGAUGAUGGAUGGAAAGCUUUCGACUCGGAAGAAGAAUUUGCUCGUCUCAUACUUCGCUGCGGUGACGCUUUUCGCAUCAGUAGUGUCAACGAAGGGUUUGCGGUAUGUCCAUCAUAUCCAGAAAAAGUCAUAGUACCAAAAGGAAUAGGAGAUGAUUAUCUUAGAAUUAGCGCUACUUUUCGCGAUGGAUCUCGGUUUCCCGUCUUGAGCUACUACCACAAAAGUACAAAAUCUUCCAUUAUGAGAUGUGGCCAGCCACUAAUUGGACCGACAAAUCGACGUUGUAAGGAAGACGAAAACAUUUUGAAGUCAUUGUUGACUGUUAAUCGCGGAACAAUCAUCGAUACAAGAGCCAAACAGAUUGCUCAGAAUGCAAGAAGUAAAGGAGGAGGCUACGAAUCCCACAUGCACUACUCCCAUUUCCGUUACAUGUCAUUUCCAAUACCACGAAUACGUGAAAUUCAUGUUGCGCUUGCCAAGAUGGUGGAAUUGUGUAAUGAUCGGCAAGUCUCCUGUGACCGAUUCGUGUCUCGCCUAGCACAAGCAUCCUGGUUGCAGUGCGUGUCCGAUAGUCUCAAUUGUGCUGCAAAUGUGGCUCAAUGCGUCCAUUGUGAAGGUACUCCAGAGGUACCUGUGGUUGUACAUGGUGGAGAAGGUACGGACACAACGCUCUUAGCUACUUCUUUGGCUCAAGUGAUUCUUGAUCCCGAUGCAAGAACGAUUAGAGGAUUUGAAUCAUUGAUAGAAAGGGAGUGGAUCUGUGCCGGACACCCUUUUCAACUACGUAAUGCGCACUCGGCAUAUGCAGAGGGAACAAUCACUGGACCUCAAGAGAGUCCAGUUUUCUUGUGCUUUCUUGAUGCUGUAUACCAAAUUAUUGCCCAGUUUCCUCAUUCAUUCGAGUUUGGGGAAGAUUUUCUCAUUUUCUUGUUUGAACAUGCUUAUGCGAGUGAAUUCGGGUCAUUCUUAGGCAACAGCGAAAAGAUGAAGGCCGAACUUGGUGUAAAGAAGUCAACUGUUUCCCUUUGGUCAUACGUUAAUAAUCCUGAAAUCCUUCGAUCCUUUGUGAAUGUUUUGUACGAGCCGAGAGAAUCCGUGAUCUGGCCAUCGGUCGCGCCACAAAGCAUCCACGUUUGGGAAAGGCUUUUCUUCCGAUGGCAAAAUGACUGGACUGAAGAAGACUACCUGAAGAAGUCCUCAGCGCAAUGGCGAACUAAAGAGCGUGAACUGAUCUCUCGAGCUCUUGUUCUACGAAGACAACUGAUCGAGUUGUCGAAGGAAGCAGUACUACAACAGACGGUGCAACAGGAACAACUGGCUGAUUAGAUAUGCUCAAGAUUUCUUUGCAUAAUUCUUUCUGUGGUAAAAUGAUCGUCACUAAUCUCUUCAUAUUAUAUCAUUUGAACAUUCCGUUUGUUGUUGCUUGUGUAAUUGCAUAGUAUUCGAUGAGACUGAAUAGUGAAAUCCAGCAUGGAUUGAAUGCCCUUCGACCUGGAGCUCAUGUUCCGCAGAGACUCUACUUAAUACGCCAAGCUCUCCAUUUCAUCCACAUAAGACCAUUCUUGAAAGUCUUCGAUGUCAAACUUUGUCCCACUUUGUACAUAGCAAAAAGCUUACAGCGUUUAUACAUGCAAUGAAUGGUAAUGCUUCAAC